AUGCCUGACAAGAAAUGGGCACGUUCUGCCAGUGCUCGGUUGGUGCUUUUGUGCGCGCCGUUCGCUACCUCUUGGUGCUACGUUCUCUGGCCGCUAGACGCACCUGGUUGGAAGGAAAACGUCUUGAAAUUGCGAGCAGGCAUGCCUCUUCCGAGGCCAAGUCAAGAGCAAUGGUUGGCCUCUUGGUCGAAAGUAGUGCAACUGCGUGCGCAGUGUCAUCGCAACUGGCUGAACUCUCCGCAGCUGGCAGCGGAAACGAUGCGACGUUUCUCUGGGGAUGUUUUCAAAGCCUUUGCUUUCCAUGUUUGCGGGGCGCAAGUAGAGAUCCGUCUCGUAGCACAGUCACUGUUUCCAGAGUUGUUGUGGCAUAUCGAGCAUGCAUGCUCGCACGCUCUCGGCGGUGAUAUUGUUCUGAAACUUCUGGGAUCUACAGUGCGUGGCACUAAUUAUGCGGUUUUGAAUGGUGAUCUGGACCUCCAGGUCUCCAGGCGACCGGAUUCCGGGCGAGCUCAUGAGCCUUUCACGGAGACUGACAAGCGACGCGUCGCACAGAAUCUGGAAAAGCUGUACUUCAUCACAGAUGUAACUGUCGGGAACAUUGCUAUCAAGUUUACCAUACAGUCACUUAUAUCUGUCGAUCUUGUGCUCUGGAGAGAGCGGCCAGAGGAGUUUCCAGCACUUCGCGGAGGGUCGAGCUUCCGCGACAAUUCCAAGCAGAUCAAUGCUUUCUUGGAUGAAACACCUAUCGCAAAGCAGGCCAUCACUGCGAUUAAGAGCUAUUUCAGCACUGGCCGUCCAAAAGGGCUCCUUCUUGAGGCCAUUGCCUGGCGGCUGGGGUCAAUGAAGAUGGAGCUGAAGACGAUGUUGAGAAGAGUGGCAGAAGGAAGCAUACCCGAACUCUUGGCGUCUUUCGCAUUUUUCGGAGCGAUGUUUGAAGAACUCCGGAAUUGGAAACGUUCGCCUCAUUUCGGACGCGAGCUUCAAGAAGAUUUGGGUAUGCUUUCGGACAGGAAGAGGUCCGAGUACACUGCAGGCUUCGAGGAAAUCGCACGCAUCACGGAUGCAGGGUUUGAGUUUCAACUAUUGUUGAGUGCAUCUGACAUUCGGACACUCGACGCAGUGCUCCCGCUGUGCCACAAGGCUCCCGCCGCAGCCGAGGAAGCACUCAGAUAUUAUUUCUCCGAUUUCCUGGAACAAGAAAACGUCUUGAAAAUGCGAAGAGGCGUGCCUGCUCCGAAGGCAAGUCAAGAGCAAUGGUUGGCCUCUUGGUCGAAAGUAAAGCAACUGCAUGCGCAGUGUCAUCGCAACUGGCUGAACUCUCCGCAGCUGGCAGCGAAAACGAUGCGACGUUUCUCUGGGGAUAUUAUGGAAGCCUUUGCUCUCCAUGUUUCCGGCGCGGAAGAAGUGAUCCGUAGCAUAGCACAGUCUGGGUUUUCACACCAUUUGUGGCAGAUCGAGCAUGCAUGCUCGCACGCUCUCGGAGGUGAUAUUGUUCUGGAAGUUCUGGGAUCUACAGUGCGUGGCACUGGUUUCUCGGGUCUCACUCGUGAUCUGGACCUCCAGGUCUCCAGGCGACCGGGUUCCGGGCGAGUUCAUGAGCCUUUCACAGAGACUGACAAGCGACGCGUCGCACAGAAUCUGGAAAAGCUGCCUUCCCUCACAGAUGUAACCAUCGGGAACAUUGCUAUAAAGUUUACCCUGGAGCCAUUUGUAUCUGUCGAUCUUGUGCUCUGGAGGGAGCGGCCAGAGGAGUUUCCAGCACUUCGCGGAGGGUCGAGCUUCCACGACAAUUCCAAGCGGAUCAAUGCGUUUUUGGAUCAAACGCCUGUUGCAAAGCAUGCCAUCAUUGCGAUUAAAACCUAUUGCAGCCGUGGCCGUCCAAAAGGGCUCCUCCUUGAGGCCAUUGCCUGGCGGCUGGGGUCAAUGAAGAUGGAGCUGAAGACGAUUUUGAGAAGAGUGGCAGAAGGAAGCAUUCCGGAACGUGUGGCGUCUUUCACAUUUUUCCUAGCGAUGUUUGAAGAACUCCGGAAUUGGAAACGUUCACCUCAUUUCGGACGCGAGCUUCAACAAGAUUUGGCUAUGCUUUCGGACAGGAAGAGGGACGAGUACACUGCAGGCUUCGAGGAAAUCGCACGCAUCACCAAUGCAGGAUUUGAAUUCCAAUUAUUGUUGGGUGCAUCUGACGUUCGAACAACCAGAGCAAUGUUCACAAGCGACAUCUGGCACAAGCUUCCCGCCGCGGCCGAGGAAGCCCUCAGACAUUAUUUCUCCGAUUUCCUGUAG